AAGCACUCCUGUCAGAGGUAGAGAGGUCGAUCUGUGUAAUUAAUUAACGGGACUUUACAUUGCCGUCGUUGGUUUUGUGAAAUAGUGAUUGUUACUGUAAUUGUUAAGUAAAAAAUGGCAUUAUUUCGACGCCUUACUUCCACAAAAUUAACAGAAACUACGAAGCUUACCCAAGUAUCGAUUAUCCUAAGACAACUCUCCGAUGCAUCUACAGAUCUCAAAGCUGUGCUCGCAGCUAAAGUACCAAAAGAGCAGGAACGGGUAAAGAAUUUCCGCAAAUCCCAUGGCAACGACAAAGUUGGAGAGGUUACCGUUGACAUGAUGUACGGUGGCAUGAGAGGCAUCAAAGCCCUGGUCUGCGAGACCUCCGUCCUGGACGCCGACGAAGGCAUCCGGUUUCGCGGAUUGUCCAUUCCGGAGUGCCAGAAGGUCCUGCCGAAAGCGCCGGGCGGCGCCGAACCGCUGCCGGAGGGUCUCUUUUGGCUGUUGAUGACCGGCGACGUGCCCACCGACGCCCAAGUCAAGGCCCUGUCGAAGGAAUGGGCCGAACGCGCCGAGCUGCCCUCGCACGUCGUGCAAGUUCUCAACAAUUUGCCCACGUCUGUGCAUCCCAUGUCCCAGCUAUCGGCAGCUAUAACCGUACUUAACAGCGAGAGCAAGUUCGCCAAGGCUUACUCUAGCGGCGUGCACAAAUCUAAAUACUGGGAGUACGCCUACGAAGACGCCAUGGACCUCAUCGCCAAAUUGCCCGUCGUAGCGGCCACCAUCUACCGCAAUUCCUUCAAAGACGGCUCCGGCAUCGGCGCGAUCGACACCUCCAAAGAUUGGAGCUACAACUUCACCACCAUGUUGGGCUUCGACGAUCCCCAAUUCAUCGAAUUGAUGAGACUCUACCUCACCAUUCACAGCGACCACGAGGGCGGCAACGUGUCCGCUCACACCGUGCAUUUGGUCGGCUCGGCCCUCAGCGAUCCUUACCUGUCCUUUUCGGCCGGCAUGAACGGAUUGGCCGGUCCUUUGCACGGUCUCGCCAACCAAGAGGUGUUGGUUUGGCUGCAAAAACUUCGCCAACAAGUCGGAGACAAAUACACCGAGGAGCAAAUGAAGGAAUUCAUCUGGAAAACUUUGAAAUCCGGCCAAGUUGUGCCCGGUUACGGACACGCCGUUUUGAGAAAAACCGAUCCCCGUUACACUUGUCAAAGGGAAUUCGCCCUCAAACAUUUACCCGACGACCCAUUGUUCCAGUUGGUAUCCAGCGUGUACAAAGUGGUGCCUCCAAUUCUCCUUGAGCUUGGAAAAGUCAAAAACCCCUGGCCGAAUGUAGAUGCCCACUCUGGUGUUCUUCUUCAGUAUUAUGGACUCAAAGAAAUGAACUACUACACCGUUCUUUUCGGCGUAUCGAGAGCGCUGGGUGUCAUGGCCUCUUUGGUGUGGGAUCGUGCGCUCGGUUUGCCCAUCGAAAGGCCCAAAUCUAUGUCCACUGAUGGUUUAAUGAAGGCUCUCAAGGCUAAGUAAGACAAUUUGACGAAUACUAUCAGUCAUCAAAUACUUUGUAACUGAAUAGGUAGCACAAAGAGUUACUUAGGAGCGGUUCCUCUGCCUAUUUCAGACGAUCGAGGCUUUUUGUGAAAGACCACGUUUUGUUUAAUAAUUAAAUUUUGAUAAUGCUAGUUGAUUUGUACGAUUAGUAGUAAGUCAUUGAGCGUUAUCAGAAUUUGAUAUCCAUAAAAAAAUCGCAAGAUAUACUUAAUUUUUGUCGCUUUAUUUGGUAAAAACAUUUUUGUUGAUGAUUUUAUUUUGUAAUUUAAAAUGCUCUUAAGUAGCCUUUUACAAUUUAUUUGUUGAUCAUUUUAGUAUUUUUAAUUUAUUUUUGAUUGUACAAAAAAUACCAAGAUGUACAUUUUAUUCAUGAAAUUAUUUAUUAUUCUUUCUUUUUACCUUCCACACCCAUCCACAACUUCACAUGAGCAUUGCAGUUAAGUGUUUUGUUUAGAAUAUCCUUCUAGGGUACAUAAAGUGUAAAAUUUACUUUUGCUUUGUAAAUAAUGAAUAUGAGUAUACAAAAAUGUAAUAUAAUGGGAUUGAUAUUACUCAAGUACUAUUUACAUUUUUGUAUUUGCUAGCAUUGUAGCAAACUUGAAUUGAAAGGUGUUCUAAUUAGUUACGAUUGGUACAAUAAUUAUUACGUUUGCUCAAUUACAUUGUUUGAAAAAAUAUAGUACAAUUAGAAUAGCCUUUCUUGUUCAUUUGUAAUAAUUUAGGAGUUCUGAAACCUACAUCGGUUCUAGGUAAUCUUGUUUUUAGCAGAGGUGGUUAAAUUCCCUUUUAGUAUACACAUUUAUAUAAAUUCUUUUGAUUUUUUAGAUUGGAUGAUACGAAACAGCAGUUUGCUGAAAUAAGUACUUAGCUGUAAUACGUUUGCUCUGUUUUUUUUUAUCAGGAAGUGUUUUGAUGAAAUUGUAAUACACAAGUUUAAGAAAUAAAAACGGUUGUUCUAAAUA